AUGGCUGAAAAGUUAAAUGAUUUCGCCAGUCGUUUAUCUCUAGGUGCACCUAAAGGAUUAGGUCUAGGUCUUAAAUUACUUGUUGGAGCAUCAGCUGCCGUUUAUGGAGUAUAUAGAUCCAUGUUUACAGUUGAGGGUGGUUAUCGUGCUAUUAUUUUUAAUCGUAUUGGUGGUGUUGACCUAAAUACAAUCUAUAGCGAAGGCUUACAUUUUAGAGUUCCAUGGUUUCAAUAUCCAAUUCUAUAUGAUAUCCGAGCUCGACCUCGUAUAAUUAAAUCACCUACUGGAAGCAAAGAUCUUCAAAUGAUCACUAUUGCUCUUCGAGUUUUAGCUCGACCUGAUCAAUCGAAACUACCGAAAUUAUAUCAAGCAUUAGGUUUAGAUUGGGAUGAACGUGUCUUACCAUCGAUAUGUAACGAAGUAUUGAAAGGUGUUGUGGCUAAAUUUAACGCAUCGCAAUUGAUUACUCAACGGCAACAAGUAUCAAAUUUAAUUCGUCUUGACCUUAUUGAACGAGCCAAAGACUUUGAUAUAUUACUUGAUGAUGUAUCAAUAACUGAGCUUAGUUUUAGUCCACAAUAUUCAGCCGCUGUUGAAGCUAAACAAGUUGCUCAACAAGAAGCCCAACGAGCCGUAUUUACUGUUGAACAAGCUAAACAAGAACGUCAACAAAAAAUUGUUUUAGCUGAAGGUGACGCUGAAUCUGCUAAACUCAUUGGUAAUGCCAUUAGUAAAAACCCUGGCUAUUUGAAAUUACGUAGAAUUCGUGCUGCCCAAAACAUUGCCAAAACGCUUUCAUUAAGUUCAAAUCGUGCAUUUCUUGAUGCUCAAGCAUUAAUGAUCAAUAUAGCAGAUCCGAAAUUCGAUGCGUCUACUGAAGAAUUGGAACGUAAAAAGCGCUAA